GGCCGGGGCGAAGCGGCGAGGAAGGCGUCUUCUCUUUGCCAAAUUUGCACCGCUUUGACGAACCAGGCCAAAAUUCACCGUUAACAGGGGAAGACAGCGAAGUAAGCCCGACCGACCGAACCCGCCCCGGUGAGGAAAAGGAUAAACGAACACAGAUGUCAGCGGAUUUCUCCAUUGCAAGGCUUACAUCAGGAAGAUAAGACAUUCGGCUGUUUACAUGAUUCAUGUUGCACCGAAAAUGUUGGGAAGUAAAUCGCAGCUAAUCAUAUGACGUCCCUCUUUCUGCCGUCUGUCCUUUAAAUAGAUAGGCAUGCAACAUUUAAAUAAAACCGGCAGGUCUAACAGACAGCUCCUGUUUUCUGCGUGAUCCCUCAGUGUGCAGAACAAUGAGCAUGGAGCCUAAGUAGCCUAAUAUAGUCAGAUAAAAGUGUUUGCAGAUUGACAAUCACGAAAGCUUUCAGCCGGAUCACUUUGGGUUAGCAUUGCUCCAUUGCAGUCUGGGAUACUCGGUUCAGGGAAAUCGGUUUGGGCACAAAAAAAAAAAAAAGAAAAGAAAAGAAAAAAAGCAAACCCAUCUCGCAGGGCGUUAAAAGAUUGAUGUGCAGUCCGUAUUGGAAACGACCUACGAGUUGGUUGGAAUAAGGGUCCCUGUUUCUGCCCCAGACACCGAGUUUCCAUGGAGGCAGGUUCGUCCCUCAGCCUCAAACGAAGAUAUGAAGAGGUGGACAACAGCUCUCCAUUCUCUACACCUAAGGACUCUGACGAUGACAUCUCCAGCAGUGACAGCGCUGACAGCUGUGACAGCCUCAAUCCCCCUUCCAGCACUGCAUUUACCCCCACCUCCAUCCUCAGACAGCACAAACCGUCACCGGGGGGGAAGCGGGUACGUUUUGAUGUGGUGACAGUGUAUUACUUCCCCCGGCGGCAGGGCUUCACCAGCGUGCCCAGCCAAGGGGGCAGCUCCCUGGGCAUGGCCCGUCACCACUCCUCCAUCAGACACUACACACUGGGCGAGUUUGCACGCGAACAGGAAACCAGCCAUCGGCACACUUUACGCCAGCACCUGCGCCAGGAGAAGCUCAAUGCCCGCAAGAUGAAGCUGACGAGGAACGGCACAGUGGAGUGCGCUCAGGCCGACCUGCUGACUCUGGAGGACGUAUCAGAUGAGGACCUCGAUGUGGACGGGGUGGAGGUGGACGACUGUUUCUUCCUUCAGCCACUGCCUACAAAGCGCCGUCGAGCUCUCCUGCGAGCCUCCGGCAUCGCCCGCAUAGAUGCGCGGGAGAAAGCCGAGCUCAGAGCCAUCCGCCUCUCACGGGAGGAAUGUGGCUGCGACUGCCGUUUGUACUGCGACCCCCGACACUGUGGCUGCAGCCAGGCUGGCAUUAAGUGCCAGGUGGAUCGAAUGUCUUUCCCGUGUGGCUGCUCUAGGGACGGCUGCGGCAACUCAGCUGGUCGUAUCGAGUUCAACCCUCUACGUGUGAGAACUCACUACCUGCACACCAUCAUGAAGCUGGACCUGGAGAAGAGGAAGAUGCUCAUCCAGGGGACUGGGGACCAGUAUGCUGAAUCUGAUCCAAUAUCCUCUCCCACAUCUACUUGCCCUACUUCCCCAGACCUGUCCUCUGUUGCUGGCCUGGACUCUGAGCCAGAGGAGAGCGAGGUGCAGACAGUUGUGGAGGUUCAGGAUCUCCUGGCAGAGCAGGACAUCCUGGAGCGAGAGAACGAGACAGCCGUCUUACACCUGCAGAGCGCGGAGGAGCAGGAGAGGAGGGAGAGGGAGGAGGCUGAAGGGGAAGCAGUGCAACAGGGCGAUGGAGGCUUCACAGAGCAGCCUCUCUGCCUUCUGCCUGGUGCUUUGGAAGGGGAGCUGCCCGAGCAGGCAGAGGUGCCAGGUGUGGAGCAGGUCCUUCUGCAGGGGCCGUUCCCCACCGGGGCCACGGUGUUGUGCAUCACUGACAACCAGGAGGAGAGCCCCUCUGACCUGCUCAGAGACUCCACUUCUCUGCUCUACUAUCAGCUCAGUCCCAUAGAGCCCGGAGCCUUUGAGACCCUGCCCAGAGCGGAGGAGGCUGAACAGGAGGAGCAUGUGGUGAGAGAACAAGAUGCAGGAGGCGGCGAGUGUGUGGAGAGGAAACAAGGAGGAGGAGGAGGGGAGUCGAAGGAUGAUAACCCUGAAAAGAUCACCUGCAGGCAGAGUUUGGGCAAGUCUUUAACCAAUGUGAUUCUGUGCUCAGAGGAAUGUGUGGCAGUAGCGGAGGAGAAGCCCUCUGGUCGUCAACCGAGCCUCCCUGAAGAGCACUGCCAAGGGGAGACCUGCUCGGAGGAAAAUGUGAAUCCACUGCCUCCUGAAGUUUAAUUCUAGCUUCUCUGCAGAUAUUUUGCACAAUAGCUUCAUCUAAGAUGAAUAAAUUACACAUUUCACAUUUAUUACUGCUACCAUCAAGAAUGAUUACAGGUUGCAAUCUCUUGUAGUGACUGUCAUUAAAUUAUGAGGAGAAUGAGCUUGAGUAUUACAGUACAUGAAGGGUGGGGGGGGGGGUGCUGAAAGCACAUACAGAUCACUCCCCAGAAGUAAUAUGGAUGCAGUUACAAGGCAACACUGUACGUAAUUCUGUUGGGGGUGAUGAAUGCGGCCUUAAUGGAAAAACAUAAAAACACUCGUGUGUAGGAGUCAUUCGUGGAUGAGGAGUACAGCAAGUAGUGCUUUGUUAAUUUCCAACACAGCAAACAGAAAACACAGCGUGUGAAUGCUGACAUAAGCCUUUCGUUUGGUGGUAUAUAAAGCUAUCAACACUAACACAAAUUGUUUUGCAGUGCGCAAGGAGCUGGUGUAUUUAGAUACUUACUGGCUCAGUUUCCGUUACAGUCGUCGUGCUGUAGUCAAGCCAAAUGAAGGCCUCUAAUAGUAUCCUCCGCUGAAAAUAGACCUAAUAAUCCUGGAAAUACUUGUUUUUGUGUACUGUAUAUGCAUUUGCAAUGUGCGAGACAGAGCCGAGGUUGCUGCUUUUUUGAUCUGUAUGCACAUUGUGGCUCUGCUGCAUUGAGACAUGAAGGUAAAGCAGCACAGAGCAGCAGACUAGCACUGGCCUCAGUCGUUGCUCUUGCUCACCAUGGGCUGUUCGUGCAAAUGCGGUCGAUUCGUCAAGAAAAAAAAAAAACCUAGUUUACCUAGUUUACCUGUAGUUGCAAUGCCUAUGACAUUAUUUCUUUGAGUAAUGUGUCUUUUGUGGAUUAGAUACUGUUGGUUUUGAAGUUCUCACAGUCUCUCUUUGUUUUUUAAUUUCUUUCUCACUGCUACACUGUAAUGCCAUGUAGCCAGUCUUGUCAUGUCACGAUGAAAUGCCAGAGUAGAUUUUCCUAGUCCUCUUUUAAUGAGUUAGGGAAGAGAUGAUUCGGAAGCAAGUGAAAUUUCAUAUGAAGAAAUCAGCAUUUAAAGAGUCAAAGAAAACAACAGCCUGUGCUUUUGAAAAUAGUUUUAUGAAAUGUUGUGAUGUUACUAAUUUAUGGAACAGAUUGACAACAACCUGAGUUUGUGUAGUUUAUGUUCAGUCUGUGUGUGUGUGUGUGGGGUGCGUGUGUGUGUAUGCCUACUUUACACUUGUAUGUCCAUGUGAGAGAGAAAGGUGUGCAUGCAUCUGAGUGUGCAUGUACAUGUAUGUACUGUAUUAUGAAAAGGGUUGGGGGGGGGGGGGGGGUAUAUUAGUGAGGAUACAUAUUUUAUUCCUGAAAGGUGCUGAUGUUACAGAUUUACAAUUCACCGCUCUUUCUCCCUACCAUCAUGAGAAAUAUGAUUUCACAGAGCUGUUUCUCGAUGACUGAUGUUAAGUGAAAGUGUUUGGGAGCCUCUUGUUGGAACGCAAUAGCAAAUCAUUCACGUGGCGAUUAUGGAAUGAGGUGUUUUUGUCACUGAGUAUGUAAAUGAAAAUGUAUAACAUUUCUGGUCUUUAAAUGUCUUUUUUAAACUUCUGUCUGAUUGAUACUGAUCUGUAUAAGUGUGCCGGCUCCUCUUACACAAAACCAGUCCUCUGUUUUGUUGCCUAAAAUUACAGCUGUUACUUUUGGUAGCGGCUCGCCUAACACAGGAUGUGCCGCUGUGUAUGAGAUGUCUGAUCUAUUUCUUUUGCCUUUUUUUUUCUUUCAUUGUCUUAAUAUAAACCUGCUUAAGAGUUGCACCAAAGCAGUGGUUUCAAGCCUAAUUAAAAGAUGCUUUCAUCCAUCAGAUUUUAACAAAGCAGUCUCCUGUAGUUAUUGCGGGGCUGUAGAUUUAUUGUGGCCCUUUGUGUUCACGUGGCUUUGCCUUGCAAUAGUACCAUCUUUGAAGUGAUGAUGAUUACAAGCUGCCUAUUGUUGAGCUUUUGUCCUUGGCUUUCUACUAAUAGACUUAGGUUUGGGACCACUGCAUCAAAUUAACUCCAGUACACUAUGUUAUUGUGCGUUUCUCUGUGCGAAUGGGGUGCGUGACUGUUGAAAAGACAGAUAAGUUCUGACUUCAUCUGAAAGCUGUGAGAACUACUCUCAUGCUAACUGUUGCCUAAAG